UUCAGUCCAUACUCAACCACAUCAGGAGGACGGACAUUUCAGUAUGAGCACAGCUCCUGUCCAGACCUGACUUCAUCUCCGAGCGUCUCAUCCAUUAUUAUUUACCCGAAUAUUGUCAUGCACAAUCGAGGAGUUAAAACUGCGCGUAGAUGGAAUACAUUUGGACGGUCGAAUCAUCAAAUAGACUCGUGUUAUGCUCAGGUGGUCUGUUUUUACCACUUAAGGAGAUGUUAUAUACCGCAUUUGGAAAAGAAGACUGCCGUAUGACUGUUUAGAAUAUUAAACAGGCCUUUUUGAAAAUCAUGGAGGAGAGCAAUACCAGUGAAUCAGUGCCAGAUUUAAAGGAUCUGGAGGUGAAAGUGGGGAGGAAGACGCCGGAGGGACUCCUGAAGUGGAUGAGAGAGGACCACAAGAUCAUUUCUCAUCAUCAUCAGACAGAGAGCAACGAGACAGAGAAGAAGGGCCUGGACGAGAAGAUCCGAAAACUUAAAUUGGAGAUGGCUCAUCUACGAGCAGUGGAUGUCAAGAUCUUGAACCAGUUGCUAGCCUUGCAUGAGGGAAUUGAGGCAGUCAAAUGGCUCCUGGAAGAUCGUGGCACGCUCACCAGCCGCUGCAGCAGUCUGACCAGCAGCCAGUACAGCUUAGGGGAUGGUCCCGACACCUCCUGGAGGGGCAGCUGGAGUAGCCUGCAAGAUCCCCAUGACAAGCUCGACAACAUUUCCAUCGGCAGCUACCUGGACACAUUAGCUGAUGACCUGGAUGAGUACUGCCCCUCCAGUGGGACUGAUUCUAUUCUCUGUGCUGCCCCUAUGGGUACAGAGGGCUCCCGAGGUACUGGAGGAGGGAUAAGCAGUGCCACCGCAUCUGCAACCAGAUCUCCACAAGUCAAGACUGAGACUCCUAAGGAAGAAGCUCAGAUUUGGAGUAAAGCAGUUUCUGAGACAGGGCGACCUCAACCUUCGGUCAACUAUGACUCGAAUCAGGAACAGCCCUGCAAGACCAAUGGAAUCCCUGAUAAAGCAGUGAAGCAAAUGGUUGGCUCAGACUUAUCCAGGGCCUGUCUGACUGAGAAGCUAGGGACGAGUCUGAGCCCUAAAGUGAAAACACAUAAGAAUGGCAAAGUUGAGCUGGAGACCUGCAAAAUGAAUGGCAAAGUUGAGUUGGAGACCUUCAAAAUGAAUGGCAAGGUUCAACUAGAGUAUGACGCACACUGGCGCUGGGUGCAGUCACAGGAUGAUGUGACAUUUUUGUGAUAAUGUAUAUUAUUAUCAACCCAAAGGUGUUGAUCACCUGGUCUGGUUCUCUAGUCUCCACUGAGCUUUUGUUUGCAGACCUUGAUGUCAGAUUUCUUUGAGGCCAACUUCUCAAAAUAGAUCUUCUUAAAAUGUCAGAGGUUAAGAGCCAAAGUUUGGGUCAAAGUUUGAAUACCCUCAAUUAAACAUGGUGUUUAACAUGGUGUUUAUUAAGUAUUUUUUCCUCUCCUAGCUUAAUAUGCAGAGAUAACUAUAAGCAAUACAUCGGUUAAAGGUGCUGUAAGUGAUUUCAUUCAUUCUACUUCCAUGAGACUGAGCCGUUGAAUUAGCCAUGCCCCCUCUUUCCAAAACCCAGCACUCCAAAGAUAACAAAUGAGCUUUAAUGAGACCAACAUAGUGCAGAAACGGAUAUUUAAAACAACCGCAGCAAAAUAGCACCCUCAACAGACAACUGUUAUGAACAACAUGGCUUAAAAAAGGCAGUAAGCCUCAAUAAUUCGCUGCAAAUACAAUACUAUGAGAACGCGCAAAAUGAUUGACUGGUCGAAAACAUCAUUGUCCAUGGCCCGUGGACACAUUUUUAUUUGCUGUUUACAGAGUCUAGUGCUAUCACAGAGACAGGUGAGAUAUCUUACGACACUUAUUUCAUUAAUAUCUUUCAGGGAGUAGGAACAUUUUUUGCAUACUUUUCCAUUAAAAAAUAGCUUACAGCACCUUUAAUUCCCCCAGAAAAGUGUAAACAUUGUUGCUCUCUGGUGCUGUUGAAACAUUGCUUUGUUUAUUUGAGCAUCCCGACUAGCCCGACGCUGCAACAUUGCCUCUAGGGUGAGUUUGGGCCAGGUCUAUCCGUUGUCUGACCAGGUGUUUGAGAAACCUGUUUGUAAACAAAAAAAUUUUUUUGAAGUUCUGUUUGGUGACGCUUGGUGAUGUUUGGUGGCAAAGAAAUUACACAUUUCACCUUGAAUUAUAUUAUAGGUUAUGUAGGUGUUUAAGGAUGCAUGUGUCAAAUGUCGAUUUUAUAUGCAAAUCAUAAUCUUUUCUUAAGUGGCAUCUGUUUCCAGAAUUUCAGCACAACUAUUUAUUAACAAGAGUCAUCUUCUUCAGUUGUUUUAUUACUGUUUAAGUCAGUUACUUAUUUCUUUUAAAUUAUAUAAUUGCUCUAAGCUUACUCUCUAAGCUUAUGUUGUUGCUGUAUUCUAUUUUAAGGCCUGUCAGAGAGUUAAAACUCUAAAACAGUCCUCAGUAGCAAUCAGUCCUCAGAAAAAAGUUAAGAAGAUGACGAAUCAUGUAUUCUAGUGGGCUGUUCAGACCAAAUGUGUUCUUGCUUUAAAAAAUAAAAUAAAAUAAAAGCAGUAAAUGGAACAGAAUGCAGGUGCCUCGAGACAAAUUUGUAGAACUUUAAACAUUUUUAAAAGUUCUUUUAACUCUACACGGCAUCUUAAAACCUCAACAUUUAUGCACAAAACACAGCAAAAACAGUGAGUCGUGACACAACAGACGCAAUCACACAUUCUGUUUGAACAGCCCCUUAGUCUGUUAUUUGCACAUGUCUACAUAAUGCACCAGUGCUUACAACUGAAAAGAACAUAGAUCAUUUCCUUAAUAUUUCCAAGUGGACCAAAGUUUGUUUAGCUAACACAAUCCAAGAGGUUGAAACCACAGAGUUUUUACAAAAUCACAAUGAAUAGAUGUUUUUUAUGCUGUAGAUGACCAUUUUGUCUGACCUUUCUGGUGAUUACAAUAAUGGAAAAAUGAAGUGUAACAUUUGCUCUUAAUCAAACAGGAGGGAAUAUUUAAAUCAUACUCCAUUUUACUACCAAACUCUUAAAUCUCCCUAUAGUGCAUUCUUUUGAGUUAACCUUUUAAUGUCACAAAUUCAUUCUGAAUACCAAGCAUGUUCCCAUCUGUUACAAUGUGACCCUGUUACAAGAGGUAGUGUCCAGAAUCAGCAACGCCCUUGAGUUGCCUUUGACAAUUAAUUAUACGGGAUACAUUUAUUAGACAAAAAACCAACGCGUUUCGGCACACAAGCCUUCAUCAGGGUUUACUAACAAUUUUUAUUUGUCUUCUCCAUGCACCAGACUGAUUACUCAACAAUUAAUUACACAAUCAGAAUGUAAUUUUUUUCUCUAUAUCUAAAAUGUUUAUUUGAAAACUGCUUGUACUAUUUGUCUGUCAGAAUGAUUAUGUAAUCUAUGAGUAAAAUGCUGUAAUUUAAAUCUUUUAAUCAGGUAAACUGGGUGUUAGUUUUAGAGCAUCAACUUUGGGUCAAUUUUUGGAGCACCGAUUUUGGAGUACCUGUUUUUACUAGUUCUGUUGAUUGCCGAUGACAGAAACUUUGUGAACGAGAAUGUCAAAUAUUGUUAAUUUUACUGCACAGUUUCAAGUAUUAAUGUUCAAACAAUACAAAUCCAUGGAGACCAGUGGUUAUGCUGUUGCCUUUGCAGUGGCAGGAUGCCAUUUCCAUGCAAUGAGGAGAUUUAGCUUUAGCACUUAAAGUGCAGUUGUAAUUUAAAGUUGCUCAGAAAUGGCUAACUCCUACCAAUUAAUAAAAUUCUAUAUGUGGUGUAAAUGUUUGGCUUGUCAUGGUGUUAGCACUGGAUAUAAUCCUGCAUUGCCUGUUUUGUAUGCAAAGAGAACUGCAUUGUUAUGUAAUAUAUGUUUUGUCUAAUUGAGCUUAGCUACAGUAUUCACUAAUAUAACAUUUAGUGUUAUGUAAUAAAACAUGGUACUUGACAAAAUGUUGGAUUUUAAUUCUAAACGUGAAACUUAUGUAUUCAGUUUGUAUUUAGUAAUGUGUGCAGUAUUUAUGCAUUCAUUGUUGUUUUGUUUUCUGCAGAACAAGAGGACAGUAUUAUAACUACAGUAAGAUCAGAUCAGGCCCUCUCUUCCUCUCACAAACACCCACUCGUAGUUAAUAAUGUCUGUGCUUCUUGGAAAAGGGUUUCCAUGACUACUGAAUAUAUAUAUGUAACUUGUGUGUUGCUCAGCUGUUUGGUCAGAGUCCAAUAGAGAAAUAUAGACUGUCCAAUUCCCAGGGGCUACAGUAAACUGGAUUAUGGCAGGAAUAGGGGAAGAUAUUGUGACAUGUGAGGGUAAUCAAGGAGGACUGAAAUUAAAUAUUGGAUGAAGAGGGAUGAAAUAAAAGAUAUAGAUGCAAAGAAGAAUGAUCUUAUAAUAUUGGCUGUUUUACAAAUACCCGUUAGACAUUACACAAAAAUAAACACUUCUAAAUAAGUAAGUAGUAAAGCUUGAAUGUGAUCAAAUGAGAUUCAUUUGAGAUUAUGGCAUCUUCCUGAAAAAAUAUUGUAUGGGAGUAAAAAAAAAAAAAACACUGUAUAAGAUGCCAGAAUGAAAACACAAACCACUUUUUUGGGAUAUAUAUUCCUCUGAAUAAAAAUAAUCAAUAAAAUAAAUAAAAAAUUUAUUCAGCGAGUAACUGCUUGGGCGACAACAGUAAAAGCAUGAAACUAUAACGAAACAAACUGAAGUUCCACUCCAGAAAUAUGGGUCUUUAAACCCUUAAAAAUAAUCAUCAUUUCUUGUGCAUUUUGCAGAUCGCUACACGCAUUUGUCGAUUGAAACAAAUCUAGUGUCAAGAUGUGCACACAAAUCUACAAAUAGGUGGACUCCACCCAUCGUCUACUCAAGCCGGACUGGACUCACAUUUUAUACUUCUUAAUAACACACUGG